UGCCAGGGUAGUACUGCGCAAGCGCACUCACGGUCCUUGGUGGGGAAUUAGAGAAGGACGAGCGAGCAUCACGACGAAGCAAGUCGAGGAGCAAACUGUGAGUAAUCAUUGAGGACUUGAGGAAGAUCGACACGCGCACGGAACAAACAGAGGGGCACAAUACAAUGCUUCGAAGCUGGGCGAGUCUGGCAGUGCUGGUCUGGGUCCACAGUGUGACACCGUGGCUCGCCAGUCGAUGUGAUGCCUCCGCGAUCGAUGGCGCCUGCGACGCCCCUGCUCCACCCCUCGACCAGUCUCAAGGCAACGCUGAGCUUGUGCGCAAGGCGGCGCGAAUCGCCAUCGUCGGGGGCGGCGUGAGCGGAGUCUCCGCCGCCGAGACGCUCGUUAAGCACGGCCUCACCAACGUCGUCGUUUUCGAGGCUGGGACCACCAUCGUGCCCAUCCAGCACGCCGUGCGCACGACGCAUGCGGUGUACGACAUGGAUCUCAUCUACGUGCCGGCGCUGUCGUGGUCGGGAUCGGGGCUCGAGGAGCGCUAUGAGGCCGUGCUGCGCGAGUACCAGCAGGAGCUCGUGCCGCGUUUCUUCCAUCUCUUUGCGCCGUUCUUUCGAAGACACCAGUACAGCGGGAUCCAGGCGUGUCUCCGCAGCGGGAUCGCGUGGCACAACGAGACGUUCGCGGAGUGGGCGCAGCGGCACGGGUUUGACGAGGUGCUGUUCGAAGGGGCGGCGCACAUCCUCGGUCUCUAUGGCAAUUUCCCCGUCGGGUCGUCGCCCGCGUGUCAGCUGCUCAUGCUGCUGGCCAACAAGAUGCCGUCCAUUCUCGGCCCCUCCCUCGUGCUGGCGUCGCGGCAGCGCGACUUCGAGGUGUGGAAGCGCGAGUCUCCGCUCGGUCCGCUGCACGACACCAUGCUGCUCUGGUUCGCGGAGAUCGCGAUCGACAUGCCGUCCUUCAUGCGCUGCUUCCGCCAUGGCUACGGCUCCUUCUUCACGUCCGUCGCUCUGCGCAACCGCAUUGACAAUCGGAUAAACGCCCGCGUGGCGCGCCUCGAGCCCUUCCAGGACGCGACGAUGGGCCGCCAGCGCGUGCACGUUCAUCUCCACGGCGCAGCGAGCGCAGCAGGCGCAGGAGGAGAUGCGCCGCCCAUCGCGAUCGAGGGAGGUCUUGGCGGCGGCGGCGACGACAACGUGUUUGAUGUCGUGAUCGUCACGGCCCGUCCCGACCAGGUGCACGACGUUCUCCCCGACGGUCACCCGAUGAAGCCUGUCUACGAAGUAGUCAAAGAGCACGCGGUCAACGUCGCACACUCGCACGGCAUCUACGGUGUCGCUGUGCUGUCGUUCACGGUGUCGCCACGCGCCGGAUUUGUCGCACAGCCGCGCUUCGUGCUGGACCACCAGAAGCACAGCCGACCCAUGUACAGCGGUCAUCUCUCGGCCACGGUCAACGUGAUGCGCAUCAUCAAGACGACGGACGAGGCGAUCCUCACCGUCGUUUUCCAGACGAAGUACCACGCCGUCGCGACAGAAGAGGAGCGCGAGCUACUUGUCGACGAGCUUGGGCUCUACGGGUUCCGAGACCUCCACGGCCUCAAGAUGACCCACUACCCCAACACACCAACGCGAGUCCCCGUGGAUGCCAUCUCCGCCGGGUGGUACGACAAGGCCGAGGCGGCGCAAGGUCAUCAGCAGCUCUACUUCGUCGGCGAGACGUUCUCGGGCCAUGGCGUGCCCACCGUGUUCAUGCACACGCGCGACUGGUGCAUGCACACGUUCAAUUUGCCCCGCGAUCUCUGCAUGCCACGAGCUGGGAACGAGAACACAUCGUCGACGACCACGACCGACCUGUUUAGUGUCGCCAGCGCCAGUGUGCUGAUGACGGAUGACAGCGCCGCCGGUGGGACUCAGAUCGAGCCGUUCCAGCCGCUGAAGAUCAACGUGCCGUCCCGCCUCGCGGAGAUGGGCACGCAGACUUACAUGGCCAUGCUGCGCCGUCCGCUGGAGGCGAUCCGCCUCGGCAUCCACCCAGUGCUGCUCGUGGAGUCGCCGCUCGACACGGCUAUGCCGCCCGUCGCUUUCCUGUUCUGCCUGGUCGGUACCAUGUCGCUGCUGCAUCUCUUUGAGUGCUCUGCCAUCACCCGCCAUCUCGAGCCGGCCAAGAAGAAGAAUGUCGCCAUCUACUGCACAGAGAUCAUCGUGUCUUGUGUCGGGCUCGCGGCCAUUGUGGAUGGGUGCACCGACCUGCUCUUCGGUCGGACUCCCGCAGAUUUCCUGCUGUCCACGCGCCGCGCGUUGUUCGCCGGGAUGGUCGUGAAUGGCAUGUACCUCUGCGAGCUUGAGUUCCACCAUAGCCUGCGGAUGUCCCUGAAGGUGCACCACGUCGCGUGUGUCGCAGUCUUCACGCUCAUGCAUUUCUGCUUUGCGAAGCACAAGGCACUCGUCGUGCUGCAGAUGGGGAUCUUCAACGUCAUGAAUGCGCUGACGGAGCAGACCGUGUUCGUGUUCAUCCUGAUGCAUCGCGUUGCGCCGCAUGUGCUGCGCCGCUGUCCCAGCGCAGGUUUCGCGCUGACGAUCUGGUACGGCGCAACACGCGCUCUGUUUGGCGCGCUGGUGUUGCGCGUGUGGUACCGCUUCGCGACGGACGCCACGCUGGCGGCUGCGCGCCGCGAGUUUUAUGGCUCCCUUGUGCUGGUCACGUACCCUCUGCUGACGCUCGUGCAGAUGGCGGCACAAUGCGAUUGCUUCGUCGUUCAGCUCGGUCUUUCAAGAAAGUAUGCUCGUGCCGCGCAGGAAGCAGCUGCCACAGCGGACGGCAACGUCACCGGAGGAUCGUGCGAGCGAUCGCCAGGAGCUCAUGACAGAUCCGUUGACCACCCAGACAUGCGGGAGCAGGUACUCGAUUUGACUCAGUCGGGACGAUCGAGAGGGGCGUCUACACUGAGGAAACGCCAAUGAGAAACGCUGGGCAGUCUGUUUGUAUAUCUUCGGUGUUGAUGGACAAGGCGUUUUUUACUUAUUUAUUUAUUUAUUUAAUGUAGUAUGUUCUUCUCUCUGACAAGGCGUUUGUGAUGGGAGUGUGGUGGGCGGUGGGUUUGCAUGUAUUUGGUAUUGCAUGGCCCGUGCGCAAGGAUGAGAUGCAUAAAUCGA